GCGGAUUCUCACGGGCAUCGUGGUUGGUUCCCUGGCGGCCACAGUGCCAGUUUAUCUGUCCGAAAUUAGUGAUCCUACGCACCGUGGCUUUAUUGGCGGUCUUUCUGGAUUCAAUCUGUCGUGCGGCAUCAUGGUGUCCAACUGGGUGGGGUUUGCCUGCAAUUAUGCUCCCUAUGGCCAGCUCCAGUGGCGCCUUCCUCUUGCCCUGCAAAUCCCUUGGGGUGUCAUCAUGUUCAUCGGACUGAUCACCUUCAUGCCGAACUCACCACGGCAUCUUCUCCAGAGAGGUAAGGUUGAGGAGGCCCGCAAAGCUUUCGUCCGAGUCCGCCGCGACCUCCAGUCCGACGAGGUACAUGAGUUUGCCUUGAUGACAUCCCAAAUCGCCUUUGAGCAUGAGCAACGCAGCCCGUCUUGGGCGAGCAACUUCAAGCGGUACCGUCAUCGUGUCUUGGUGCAGGUAAUUCUUCAGGCGGCUGGAGUGUUUACGAGAGAGUUAACCAAACAACCAGGUCCAUCUCAGUUCAGAUCUGACCGCCAUUACCGGUGUCAAUGUGAUUCAGGAAGCACAUGCGUAUACCGAGAGAAAGGCCAACCCGGCCUACGUCCUGGGUAUGGCAAGGCCAUCGAACAACGUUUGAGUCAACUAGAGACCACGAUGGAAAAGAUGAACCAGUCGAUCCAAGAUAUUCUCAGCCGCGUCCCACCAGACUUCACCACUCCCAGCAACAACGCAGCCUUGCAGAACUCGAAUCCUGAAGCCGAAGCGAAUCCUUCGUCGGCAUGGGCGGGUCCAGAUAGUGGCCCUGGAAUGUGGCAGCAGCCUCAGCAGCUGGCAGACAUGCCUUCUUUCGCUCUUAGUCCGAUCAUGGAUCGCAUGCCCUCCUCAGUUGGCAUGCCGCAACUGAACGACACAGAGACUGGUCUACCGCCGACAAAUGUGAUGCAGGAGCUUGUAGAGCUGUUCUUCGAACUGGUCCAUCCAUGGAUGCCCAUGUUCUGCAAAUCCAAUUUUACGGACAACAUCUUGGCUCCGGAGCGUCAGGUCUUGCUCCAUGGCAUCUUAGCAGUGACCUUUCACUUUUGGAGGAAAUCUGCCCCGUCGGCCAAAGAGCGAGACCAUUUCAUCAAAACCUCACUAGUGCAGGUACUCCUGAAGACCAUCGACGUGUGCACCCUGGUCUCGACUCAAGCACUUGCGCUCCUGGCUCUGGACUCCCUUGGCCAAGGCCCGGGUCCACGAACAUGGAAUGUCAUGUCCAUGCUUGUGCGACAUCUGGGACUCGCAAAGAGUCCUUCGCCGACCACACCGGAGACCAACACGCCACUAGUGAGAAAUGAGGACGACGACAACGGGGCGGGCGUUUCCAACAUUGCCGUGGAGGCGAAGCGACGUCUGUUCUGGAUUAUCUACGGUCUUGAUCGCUUUUCCAGUGCCUCGCACGGCCAGCCCGGUGGCAUCGAUGCAAAGAAUAUUCGAAACUCACACACCACCGUUGUCCUGCCGCCCUGUGGCACCACAACAUUGACUUGCUGGCUUUGAUGGACCGUUCCAAUCAGCUUCUCAUCAAGCCACUCGAUCUGACGCUGCCUGCUCAUUGUCAAGAGUGGCAGAGCAUCUUCCGGCGCCUCGAC